UGUGUUCUCAGUCAAUUACCAACAACAACUAAAAUAUCCAAUGGCAAGGACCAAACAAACUGCAAGAAAGAACACUGGCUCGAAGGCUCCCAGAAAGAACCUCGGAAACAAAGUUGCCAAGAAGACUGCACCAGGAGUAACAGCUCCUGGGCAUCAGCAAGGCCUCAAGAAGCCUCACAAGUUCAGACCCGGAACUGUGGCUCUGCGUGAAAUCAGGAAGUUCCAGAAGUCAACAGACCUGCUGAUCAGAAAGCUUCCAUUCCAGCGUUUGGUCAGAGAGAUCGCCCAGAACUUCAAGGCGGACUUGCGCUUCCAGUCGCAGGCUGUGCUCGCACUCCAAGAGGCUGCUGAAGCCUACAUGGUGAGUUUGUUCGAAGACACGAACCUGUGUGCCAUCCAUGCAAAGAGAGUGACCAUCAUGCCCAAGGAUGUGCAGCUGGCAAGGAGAAUCAGAGGAGAAAGGAACUAA